AUGGGAGUGAUCUACACAGAUGCAGAAGUUGUGUUUCAGCUUCUCUGGGGACUCCCUUGCUCAGGUUCUUGGCCGCAAUUCAAGGUGCUUCUCAUCAUCACCCUACCAACCGCUACACCUAUUGCACCCACACCAGCUGCUGGAAAUGUGCCUGUGGCAGUCAUUCCCUCUGCCUUUGACACAUGUGUUGCACACAUCUCAGCCAAGGCAGCACAGAUGAUUGAUAAACAAAUACUGAGUGGAGCAACAUCUUUUUCAUCCUCAACUGGCAACAUCAACUCCAUUACCAGUCUGCACAAGCACCAUCAUAAUCCAGACAGCAUUUUCUGCACAAUGGGAGGUGGGAUGGAGGAACAAGCUCCCUGGAUGAAAGGCAAGAAGAAAGAGAAGGAAAAGGAGACAACUGCUGCUGCAGUUAUGACUCCUCCUGCUCCUACUUCAACUACCCUACUUCCAGUCAUCACUGUCAUAUCCACAUAUCAGGCUCUCAGAUCCAAUCCUUAUCUCAUCUCAGAUCUGAUCCACAUCUUAUCUCCCUCCAACAUCUCAUCAUCCAAUCUGUCCACUUGUCUGGUCUGGUCCACAAUUCAUCCAAAUCCACAACCAGCGCUCAUCUCCUUUUGGUAA